UCUCUCUCUCUCUCUCUCUUGAGAAUUGUUCUUUCUACAGGACAAUACUCUGAUCAAGAUGGCGGCACACUUCAGCUCUGCAGAAAACAUCUGUGAAGGAGAGAACUGUCAAUCAAUCACAGAUGUGACGUACUACGUGAAGGAGAAGAAGAAGCUCUGCGAUGACUGUGCCUCCAAAGAGGAAUGCAUCGGAAAAGUUAGAAAGGGUAGGCCAAAUCUGUAUUGUGAGAAGCAUGAUGGUGAAGAAAUCAAACUGUAUUGUAAAACACAUAAUGUAGCAGUGUGUCAAUUAUGCGCAACGAUAGAUCAUCGUGACAUGUCUUGCAUGCAACAGGAUAUAGAGGGCGCCAUCAUGGAUAGUAGAGCAAGACUAAACAUUCUAAAAGAAAAGGCAAAGGACAAAUUGGAGCUUUGUCGAGUUAUUGGAGUUCAGAUUCAUCAGUGUAGGACAGACACCGACACCCAUCUUCAAGCUUUGAAAGAUGAAGUAGAUGCGGUAAUCAAUGAGGCGAUCCAAACAGACAAAGACAAAGAGAAGGAGGAUGCUGCAAAAAUCAACCAGGAUACAGAUGAAAAGAAUCAGAAACUUCAAGAUGAGAUUCAGAAGAUAAAGGAAAAGAUUGGAAAGAACGAUGAAGAGAGAGAAAAACGACUUGAACUAAACCGUACAAAUGCAGAGAGGAGACGAGAACCCAUUGACAAUAAAGAGCAUGGUCUUCAAACAGACAUUAAGAACAUCGCUGAAGAGAAAAAAAGAAAGAUUAGUGAGUUGGAGAAAGCAUGGCAGGAUAACACAAAAACCACAAAGACUACAGUACAGACACUCGAUACAGUGCUCGAAAAUGAUCAAAAUGUCGUAAAAGACGGGCAUCGUGUGAAGACAUCGGUGAGUGAUGAACUAAAGAAGCCACUGAAUGAGGGUGAGGUGAAACAAAUCACUGAUACUAUAUCGGGUGUGAGGUUUGUAAAGGGUGCUGGGAGAAAGAAGUAUGAUGGGAGGAUUGAUGGGUAUGAUGGGGAGUGGAAGCUCAUUGAUACACUCAAUGUCGGUCAUAUCAUCGCUCAACCCUUCCCACCGGAUCACAGAGUGUUCAUUAUCGACAGACAAGGUGCCCAAAGGGAAAUCUCCCACAGUGGUGUCAUCCUCAAUGCCUGCAUCGAUCCUAUGACAGACGACCUCUACGUCGUGACAUCAGAUGAUGAGUAUGGUACGUGUGUGAUUGAUCAGGUGAUGAGCGGGGAUGAAAUCGAGAAGAGAAGAGUAGCAUCAUUCCCUCUAUCAACCGAACUGGACUCACUGGAGGAUAGGGAGUGUCACCUUCUAUCAUCUCGGGUGUUGAUGACGUCAUCAGGGAAACUUUUUGCUUGCGAUGGAGACAAUAUUCUCGUAUUCAAAAACAGAUUUAUCCUCUAA